AUGAAAUUCGGGCAUAACAAAGACGAGCCGGCCCCACCCGAUCUGGUCUUCGAUGAAGAUGAGGAUCUCGGCGAAGUUUGGCUACAAGUUGUGCGACAGUAUGAGGAUACCACCAAGAAGAAGCUAGAUUUCACUACCACGUUCAAGAGCUUCCAACUACAAGUUGACGCCGAUAUCAAAGAGUCAACAACGAAAAGCCACCAACAUGCUCGAACUGUCUUAAACAAUGUUGGUACCUGUCUUGAGAAGUUUGGGAGUAUCGUCGCACAAGGGGCAAGUGUAGUCUUCGGACCAACUGCUCAAUGCUGGAAUGCGAUAAGCUUCGUGAUCCAAGCAGCACGCGGCUUCAGCGACAUGAUGGACGGGUUCGUCACUCUAAUGGAACGCUCAUCCGCCUUCUUACGACGCCUUGUCUACUUUCUGGAGCAAGAAGUCGGCAAAGAUGGAACCUAUUUGCCGCGCCCUCUUCGUAGGUCCGCCUACGAGAUUCUAUCCCAGUUCUUGGGUGUGCUCCGUUCUUCCUACAAGCUGGCUACCAGCACAAGAGAGCGAAUGAAGUCGAUGGCCGGAAUGAUUCUCUUCAACUCCAACGAUGCGGUCGCGGAGUCACUCCAGCUUAUGGAAAAUCAUAUACAAGAGUUCACCAGAGCUGAGGCCGAUGUCAUACUAGUAGGAGUUCGAGGUCUUGCCAAGCAUCUCGUCAAAUCUGACGAGGAAAGACGGGCUCACAAGACUGAAAUCCUUGAAUACGUCCAGGCCACAUACAAAGUCGGUGAUCAAGUUCUGAGCGUUACUCAGCAGAUGAAGACUACUCUGGAUGGUCGAGCUAAUAAGGACCAACAGAAAGAGAAUUUGGUCAAGAUAGCAAACAAUUUGGGGCUGAAGAAGCCUGGGAACUGGGAGACUUGGAACAAGCGGCACAGCGAGCUCUGCAAAACGCAUGUGGAAGGGACAGGAGAAUGGCUCAGUCAAGACGAGCCUGUAUUCAUCCAAUGGGCUGAUCUGGAACAGCACGACAAAAAGGUUCUCUUCCUGAAGGCCGACUCCGGUUUCGGCAAAACACAUCUCUUCAACCAUGUUGUGUCUCAUCUCGAAAAGAAAUGCCGGGCUGCACGCGGACCGAACCAGGCUUUUCUCGCGUACUAUUACUACGGAGAAGAGAAAGACGACUCACUCGAACGGUGCAUUGGAUCCAUCAUAUACCAAUUUGCAGCUGCAGAUGUUGGAUAUGCUCAAGCUGUAGUAGAGGAAUGCGCGCGACUCACAAGCAUCGCGCGAGCUGAAGAUCGAUGGCAUAAUCUUGUUUCGGGACUACAGCAUGCCAUGAAAGGGACAUAUUUCAUAUGCAUGGACGGUUUCGAUAGUCGUGGCCAGCUGGACACUGCAGAGGCAAUGAUGUCAACUAUCGCGGGCCAAGCUGCUUCUUCAGCCAAGUCUAAUGGGGUUUCCAUACGUCUGUUCGUAUCCGGAAACGACGAUGCGCUUUCGGAGGUCUCGCAAACAGUCAAAGCUGUCGACACCAUUCUUCUCGGGAAACGCAAAGACACUAUCCAAUCCAUGGAACGAGCUGGCUACAUACCAGAUAUAGCUUCAGACUCGCUGCCAAACGCAAGAGAUCUGAGAGCUGUCACAAGCGCCAGGAUCGAGGAGGUUUGCAGGACUAAACCCGGUCUGAAGGCUCUUCUUAGCGACGCGAACAUCGAGCUUUUGCUUGAGGGAAUACGCGGAAACUACAGGAACUUGGAGGCCAAGAUAACAGAGAUCAAUGCCUGCGACACCAAGGGAAAAGUCCAAGAAAUCAUCAGCAACACAAGUGCCGACAUGAACGCCGUCCAAAGAAACAGAAUCAAGAUGCUGGACGCUCUUCUGACUUCACGUCAGGCUCAGGUGCUCAAUUCUCUUCUUGUGUGGGUUGCAGGCUGUAGCUAUCCACCAAAGAUCAAGCUUCUUGAGAGCGUUCUUUUCUUUACCUUCAGGGAGGACUUUCUCCUCACAGAUCAAGUUGCUACUACCUACUCGCCUGUGCUCACGAUUGACAAGGAGGGCAGGGUGGGAUUUAAGGACGGCCUUAGGGAUAUCCUGUCCGCGAAUACUUCCUCGGGAGCCGAGUCUGCAAUCGCCCAGUUACAUGCUGAAGCGAUCACUAGUGCCGAAGUCGAGCUUUGUCGCCGGUUCAUAAGAAAAGCUUGUGAUGCAACAGAUUACGCCAGAUUUAGGUUUGAUGAUUUCUUCGAGGCCAUGGCACAAAAGAAACAUAUUCACCUCGACGACGACAACACGGUGAACGUUACCAUAAUCAGCUUGUGCAUCGAUGUUCUGUUCGACAGUCGAAAGGACGGAAGCCUCGAAGCAAUGCGCGAAUAUGCAUCAUUGUGGUUUUAUGAGUAUCUCAAGACCUUGGUCAAGGCGCUUGAUGAGUUUGAGCCAGAAAGGAAGUUCAUGACCGACAUUGGAGGCAAGUUGGUUGACUUGUUCUACGACCCCAAGAUGAUCGAUAUGUGGUUCUCCAAGAAGAAUCUGACGUGGCUGAAGUACGACUACCUGUAUUCAGAAGAGUUCCUUGACCCCAUUUUGGCAUUGCUCAAGAAUUCGCAAGUGGCCAAAGGCUAUGCAAAGGAUGCAGAGAAGAGUGAGUGGGCCAAGUCUGUCAUUUCCGACACCGCGAGCAAAUACUCCGUUCUCGAGCGCAUCGCAGCGCGGCUGGCGACCCAUUGGUUUAGUUGUGCGACUGGAACAACAGACAGAGAUUACCUUUGGAUCUCAUGGGGUAUUGUAGCUAAGAUAUCCAAACCAGAGAAACCCUUCGAAGAAUGGAAGCCGCCCUCGAAUGCAGAGGUUAACGAGUACAUCCUCUGGGUAAAGAAGCAAAAGGACAUCAACGUCGACAGCGCUGUCUGGGACUACCGCGUAGGAGCUACAAAUGUCGUCUUCGAGCAUUACAAAGAAGCCAUUACUGCGUUGGAGAAGGCUGAAAAGCACUCUCAGACAAAUUGGGGUCUCUACUUUAGUCUAGCAGAGGCCCAUGAGAACGAAAAGAACCAUCGUACAGCACUUGGGUAUGUACGGAACUUCAAAUCGCUUAGCGAGAAGUUCCUUGAGACAGAUGAUGCGUACAAGGAGGCCUACUGGCUUUUGCUCAAGGUGGAAGGCAAUUGCUAUCGAGAGUGUCAUGAGCACGGCAUGGCCGUGCAAUCUUUCCACGAUCUUCUUAACCAGAUUAUCAGUGAAGCGUCAGGUAUGAGCUGGCUUCACUUACACGCGCUUUCGGGACUCUUCACAACCUGGACCGAUACGAAAAGCCCUCAAUCCAUCAUUGAUCUCAUUCGCAGCUGGACAACUGCGACAGCCGAGAAUCGCGGCGCGACUUACUGGCUACGAAGAGCAUCACGCGAAAAUGCCCUCCAUACAUGCAUAAUUGUGGCUGCGAAGCAUGUUGGGGCCGAGGAAGAGAUCAUCUCUAUGUACCAGGAGGCCAUCGAUUACAAGCCGCCGGAUCAACCAAUUGUUGACGGCCAGCCGGGAAUGGACAAUUCUGCUGAAGCAACCAAACAACUGCAGUACUUCCAAGCCGUACUCAAAUUCCAUGGAGGCAAUUCCCACGAGUAUCAUCACGAGAGUAUAAAAUGCUGGGAAGACAUUGUCAUGCAAUCAGACGAGAAUCCUGCGUCCUAUAUGACAGCAUGGCAUGCAGCCCGUAAGCUGGCUCCGACUCUUCUCGACAAGGCAGUCGCCAAAACUCUACCAGCCCUUUCCAGCUCCUCCGAAGAUUAUAUCAGCCGAUUGAAGAAGCUUGCCAGCUCGAACACCACGAUAAUCUGUAACCUUCAUGAAGGUUAUUUUGAUCCUCGUCUCUGUUUAGCCAGGCUAUACUGUGUCAAAGAAGACCAUACUUCAGCUUCCACUCAGGCGCAAGCUCGGCUUUGGAGUGUCUUCGACAAAUGGCCUGAAGUCACUGACGAUGCCUCACUCAACUUGCGCUUCUCGAACCUUGCCGCUACACUAACUGUCCUCGACAAGGACGCCGAUGCUAUUGCAGCGUGGCAAGCAAUAGGGCCGUACCAACCAUUGAACGCUGUGGCUGCGAGCGCAGACGUACCAGGUACUGAGGAGUUUACGCAUUCAAACACUGAAGGACCUCACACAGAUAGUGCACCAGUGGCAUCUGACAAGAAGUCGGAAGACAUUUCAAACGCAGCCACUUCGUUCACGACUACAACCAAAGCAUAUGUGUUAGGAUACAUCUGCGACGGUUAUUGCGGAGUGAAAUGGACAGAUAUGGUAGCCGACUGUUGGGCAUGCAAGCACUGUCUCUGCGUCCAGCUCUGCCCAGGGUGUUACAAGAAGCUUCUGGACGGUGACCUACACCCUCUCCUUUGUAACAAAGAUCACAAGAUGCUCUAUAUACCGCCCUUUGACUGGGAAGCAUGGCGCACAAUCCCCGCAGACAUGAUGACUGUGGACAACAAGCUAGUCCCUCGUAAAGACUGGGUGGACAAGAUUCGCAAAGAGUACAAUGUGCAACAGGAUGAGAUCGAUUUCAUCAAGAUUGAGAAGGCCAGGGGACUGAAGGCUGCCAGCGUCAUUGCCGUGCGGUGGCGCAACAGGUUGCAGAGGUUAAGGGCCAGCAGGCCGGUAGCAGCGCCUGCGCUUCGUCGGGCCAAGACGGUGAGAUAG